GUAAACGCCGCUCGUUAACGCUGAUGUGCGGAGAGGAUUACUACAAGCAGCGGGAUGCACACCUGUGAGUGAAUGCAGGUGAAGCAGACAGCGAGGACGGAGGAGUCGCAUCAUCCCGACGCCAGCCAUGGAUCUAACUUUCAUCCUGUCAGCUGCUAUCUUCACGCUGCUCGCCAUCGUGGUGGCGACGUCGCUGCUCAACGGCUCGUCGUCCGCGGCCGACUGCGCGGACCAGCGGCGGCUCUUCGGACACAGAGGAGACGCGGGGCCGAGGCAGAACGGCCACGUCCCGGACCCGAAGGCGAAGGAGAAGAAGGACGAGGACGACUGGUGCGAGAUCAGCGGGAGCUCACACGACCACUGGGACGUGGUGAAAUCUGUGCUCUCGGAGGAGGCACACCCCCACCCGCACACUGAAGAACUGGCAACACCAGUUGAGCACUCCUCCUCCACAUCCACGAGCUUAGAGGUAGACUCGUCAUCCGAGGCGUCGUCGGGGAGGGGCCGGAGGUCAUUCAUUGGGCUCUCUGAUAAGGAGCUCCUAAAGUGUGCUUUCUCUCACCCCCAGACUGAAGGAGCCACAGAGAGCCCGGGGCUCAACGAUAAAGCGGGAUCAGAUGAAAACGAUUCCUUGAAGUACAUCCCCGGAAAGGCGCGAUCCCACCAUUUGCAAAUGAUGAUGUCCACAGAGGAGAUGGAGGAGGAGCAGAGGGUGCAACGUGAGCAGCUGGCUGCCAUCUUCCAGCUGCUGAAAGAGAACAAGGAGACGUUUGGGGAGGUGUCCGAGGGCGACAUGGAGGAGCAGCUCAGGCUCUACUCCAUCUGAGACUCCUCUCCGACCCUUCGUGUUGCGAUCCAGCCUCUGCGCUCUCUAACCUGCGAGCGCUCCUGAAGGACUACUCCAGUACACCAAAUGCUUCAAUAAACUUGUUCACAGUAUUCCACCCAGCUGCACCGUCCACUCAGCAGCCAUUCCUUCUUUUGAAUGUGACAUCUUGUCUUUAUUGUGUUGUGUUGUUUCGUUGCGCUCCUCCUCUCCACCGCAGCCCACAUGAAGACCAAAGAAGCUGGACUUCUUUCCAGCCCACAGCAGGAUGUUCUAGCUACCCACGUGCAAAUAAGGACCAAGAGGAAUAAAUUAGUUUUGUAUUAUGAUGAAAGAAAAAAAUAUGCUCAUUUGUUAUCUACCUUUUUUAAAGUCAAUGUUAUCUUCAUUUACUCUGUAACAGGUACACAUCCUGUAAAGUCUCCUCUGCAUGACUCCCCUCGGUUGUGUAAUAAACCACAUUAUCUACCAUUGUGAA